AUGUGGAUGAACUCAAAAGAGCAGUACAGAGAUGACUCACUGGUAGUGUGGAAGGAGGUGGACCUGACCCGGCUGUCGGAAAAGGAGCGUCGUGAUGCUUUGAAUGAAAUUGUUAUCCUUGCCCUAUUGCAGCAUGAGAACAUCAUUGCCUACUACAAUCACUUCAUGGAUAACACCACGCUGCUGAUCGAGCUGGAGUACUGUAAUGGAGGGAACCUCUACGAUAAGAUUCUGCGACAGAAAGACAAGUUAUUUGAAGAAGAGAUGGUGGUUUGGUAUCUCUUUCAAAUUGCAUCAGCUGUGAGCUGCAUUCAUCGAGCAGGAAUUCUUCACAGAGACAUAAAGACAUUAAAUAUCUUUCUAACCAAGGCAAACCUGAUUAAAUUGGGAGACUAUGGGUUGGCAAAGAAGCUGAACUCUGAAUACUCUAUGGCUGAGACUCUGGUGGGAACUCCAUAUUACAUGUCCCCAGAACUCUGCCAGGGUGUGAAAUACAACUUCAAAUCAGAUAUUUGGGCUGUGGGAUGCGUCAUCUUUGAGCUGCUUACUCUGAAGAGGACCUUUGAUGCUACUAAUCCUCUGAACCUUUGUGUGAAGAUUGUACAGGGAAACCGUGCCAUGGAGGUUGACUCUACUGUCUACUCCCGGGAGUUGAUCCAGAUGGUGAAUUCCUGCCUUGAUCAGGAUCCAGAGAAGCGACCCACCGCAGAUGAAUUGCUUGAACAUCCCCUUCUCAGCAAACGCAGGAGAGAGAUGGAAGAGAAAGUCACACUGCUAAAUGGGCCAAAUAAGCGACCAAGGUCGAGUACCAUGAAUGAAGCUCCCAUUGCAGUGGUGACUUCUCGCACCAGCGAGGUGUAUGUUUGGGGGGGUGGGAAGUCCACCCCCCAGAAGCUGGAUGCCAUCAAAAGCGGCUGCAGUGCACGCCAGGUGUGUGCUGGUAACACUCACUUUGCUGUGGUGACAGUGGAGAAGGAGCUCUACACCUGGGUGAAUAUGCAGGGGGGCACCAAGUUGCACGGGCAGCUGGGACAUGGAGACAGGGCCUCCUACCGGCAGCCAAAGCAUGUUGAGAAGCUUCAGGGAAAAGCCAUUCGCCAGGUGUCCUGUGGAGAUGAUUUCACAGUGUGCAUCACAGAUGAGGGCCAGGUGUAUGCAUUUGGCUCAGACUAUUAUGGAUGCAUUGGCGUUGACAAGGCUUAUGGCUCUGAAGUGCUUGAGCCCCUGCAGCUGGAUUUCUUUCUUACCAACCCUGUGGAGCAGGUCUCGUGUGGGGAUAACCACGUGGCAGUGCUGACCAGGAACAGAGAAGUUUACAUGUGAGGCUGUGGAGAGUAUGGGCGCUUGGGCUUGGAUUCAGAGGAAGAUCACUACACCCCUCAGAAGGUGGAUGUUCCGAAGACCUUAAACAUUGUGUCAGUUCACUGUGGCUGUGAUGGGACUUUCCUGCUCACCCAGACAGGCAAAGUGUUGGCCUGUGGACUCAAUGAGUUCAACAAGCUGGGCCUGAAUCAGUGCACAUCAGGGAUAAUCAACCAUGAUACAUACUGUGAGGUGCCAUAUGCCACUUCCCUUACUUUGGCCAAGCAGCUUUCCUUCUACAAGAUCCGUACCAUUUCUCCAGGGAAGACACACACAGCUUCCAUUGAUGAGCGAGGCCGCCUCCUGACCUUCGGCUCCAACAAGUGCGGACAGCUGGGUGUUGGGGACUAUAAGAAGCACCUGGGAAUUAACCUGCUGGGAGGCCCCUUGGGGGGUAAGCAGGUGAUCAGGGUUUCAUGUGGAGAUGAGUUCACCAUAGCUGCUACUGACGACAACCAUAUCUUUGCCUGGGGUAAUGGCGGGAAUGGGCGUCUGGCGAUGACAUCAACUGAGAGGGCUCACGGCUCAGAUAUUUGUACCUCAUGGCCUCGGCCAAUAUUUGGAUCAUUGCAUCAUGUUCCAGACCUGUCGUGCCGUGGCUGGCACACCAUCAUAAUUGUUGAAAAGGUAUUGAACUCUAAAACAAUCCGAUCCAACAGCAGUGGCCUGUCCAUUGGUACUGUGGCUCAGAGCUGCACAACUGGAGGAGGAGAGGAAGAGGAUAAUGAACAGGAAGCAGAGACCCCCAAUCCCAGUGGAGGUUUUCGGGGAACGAUGGAAGCAGAUCGUGAGUUGGGGGGCUGGAUCAGCACCACAGAAGCAAAGGGAGGCGACAGUGCUGACAGCAGCUCCUGUCCGGGCUGGCUGCGGAAGGAGCUGGAGAACGCUGAAUUCAUCCCCAUGCCUGACAGCCCCUUUCCUCUGAGUAUUGCAUCUUCAGAGCCCCAGAAGGAGACUCUCCCUUACCAGAAACUUCAAGGACUCAAAGUGGCUCCUGAGGAACCUGUUGGAUUAAACAAGCCCAAAAUGGAGCCUUGGCCUACUUGCCUGAGUCCAACCUUGCCGUGUGGUGAAGGGAAGGCUGGUUCUCCUGUUGCAGGCUGCAUGUGCAGUGCUCUGCAAGUGGAGGUGACGCACCUCCGAGGCCUGGUUUUACAGUGUCUGGAAGAUCAGAAGAAGCUGCAGCAGGAAACCAUUCGUCUGAGUGCUCAGCUCCAGCAGUUCUGCAAGGGGACAGAGGGAAUGCAGCAGGUGGUGGUUCAUUCCAAAGGAACACAGACAGCCAAAGAGGAGAUGGAAGUGGAUCCGAAACCUGACUUGGAUUCAGAUUCCUGGUGUCUCCUGGGAACGGACUCGUGCCGCUCCAGCCUCUAGUCUCCUGAGCCCACUGGGAUCCAUCUAACUUCACAGCACACUAACCGAAUGCAGAGAGCGGCUUUCCUGGCUUCAGGUCACUCGCAGACAAGGAGCGAGGCCGGAGGCUCCAGAGCAGCACCCAUGUACGUUUGAUAUGAACUAGGAGUGAGUUUGAGAAGGGAAGGGCCCCUGAGCUCUAGGUGAGCUCAGUGAUUGAAGCAGCAGCAGCUCCUCUUUGUACCUUGUCAAUUCUGCACGUGAGGCAGAACGGCCCCAUUAUGGCGAUGGCUCCAGUAGCAGCUUGUGGCCCUUUCAUUGUUUCACUGCUUCUUGGGAGCUGCCUUUGGGACCCCAGUAUUCAUCACUGCAUUUCUAGGUGAGAGGAGGAGACGUGUUUGUACUGAAGCUGGCUGAACCCUAAGACUUGCCACCUUCACUUGAGAGGGGUGAAGGGCUAGGAUCCUCUCCCU